AUGAGAGGCUGUUGGACGAUCUCUAGCGUGCUCGUCGUGCUCGUUGCGGUCUUCCUUCCAAGAAUCUACAAGAUCCACGACUCUAUCUUCGGGUGGUUUGCUGUACAGACGAUGGUGCAGUACAACAGUCCUGGUGUGCUCGAUGCGAUCGAGAAGUUGGCGUUGAAGGAAAACAGCACACUGCUCGAGCUUUGCAUCGGACCUGGGUAUGGCGUGCAAGAAGCGCUCCGCUACAAGGGGGUGAAGGUGAUUGGGGUUGACGUUUCACCCGACAUGGUGAAAAUGGCGAGCGAGGCAGUUCAGGGUGCCAUCGAUGAAGGAAGAGCUUCGGUGGUGUUGGGCGAUGCGCGGAACCUGACGUUCCUUGGGGAUGAACAAGUAGAUAAGGUGUUUCAUAUGAACUGCUGUUACUUCUGGGACAACGUGGAGGAUACUCUGAAAGAAAUUCUUCGGGUGAUGAAGCCAGGAGGCGUGAUGCUUUCCGGGGUGAAAUUCGAACAAUUGCAGCAGUGGGAUGCGCAUCCAGCGUUCUUCAAGUGA